AUGGGUGAUUCAGCAGAGGACAGAGCGAAGCUGAUCAGCCAACAGGAACUGUGUGUCCCUGACAAGCACGCCACCAAAUGUUCCACACUCAAGUACAUCGUGGUCCUGUCGUCCGCCUCCUUCUCCAAGGCUCUGUCAGGGAACUACGUGAAGAGUGCCAUCACAGAGAGACACCUUGACCUGUCCAGCUCUCUCAUCGGACUCAAAGAUGGCAGCUUUGAGAUGGGUAACCUGCUGUUCCUGGCUGUGGUCAGCCAUUUUGGGGCGAAGCUGCACCAGCCCAGGCUCAUUGCUACGGGCUGUUUCCUCAUGUCUGUAGAAUCCUUCCUCACAGGCCUGCCACACUUCUUCAUGGGACGGUAAAAACAACUUAAUUACUGGUUAAACUUGUACUUGUAUAGAUACUCCUAUACAGAUGAUAGUUUCACUUUAGAAAUAAAGAAAUCUAUCCAGUUGUUGAUUAAUUCAUCUCAGUUCAUUUAGAACUAAAGUGUUGCGUAAUUGGUCAGGUGUUUGAUUAUGCUUUGGGGCCAUACAUGUUAAGAGUUGUGUAAUCCUGAAUAAAGGAGGUAUGCUGUGUACCUGUGUGUCUCUGUAUGAUUCCCUCUGUAGACUGUGUGAGGGAAUCCAGCUCCCACAUUUGGAUUAAUGUGUUCCUGAGGAACACUCUGAGGGGGAUAGGAGAGACCCCCGUAACCCCACUAGGCAUCUCCUACAUUGACGACUUCGCUAAAGCUGAAAACGCUGUUUUUUACAUGAGUUAAUUCCACUCGCAGCAAAGUGGAAGCCACUGUGUGUGUGUGUG